AUGGCUACCAACAUCACGUUCCACCCCGGUCACGUCUCGUACGAGGAGCGAUCCGAGCUCCUCUCGCAGCAGGGUCUGACUCUCUGGCUCACGGGUCUGUCCGCCUCGGGCAAGUCGACCAUCGCGACGGCUUUGGAGCAGCACCUGCUCUCUCUCCACAAGUCGGCCUACCGUCUGGACGGCGACAACAUCCGCUUUGGCCUGAACAAGGAUCUCGGCUUCUCGCCCAAGGACCGCGAGGAGAACAUUCGACGUAUCUCGGAGGUCUCGCUGCUCUUUGCUUCGUCCACCACGAUCACCAUCACCUCGUUCAUCUCCCCCUACAAGGCGGACCGUGAGGUUGCGAGGAAGCUCCACGAGGCGCAUGUGCCCAAGCUGCCUUUCGUCGAGGUGUUUGUCGACGCCAGCAUCGAGACGUGCGAGAGCAGGGACCCCAAGGGUCUGUACAAGAAGGCCAAAGCCGGCGAGAUCAAGGAGUUCACCGGCAUCUCGGCACCCUACGAGGCACCAGAGAACCCGGAGAUCCACAUUGACGCCGACAAGACCUCGAUCGAGGAUGCUGUCCGCAUCAUCACCGAGUACCUCAUCAACAAAGGCUACCUCAAGCUCUGA